CCGAAAUUAUCGGGAAAAUGUUCUUUAAAUUUAUUAUUUAUAGUACGAAUUACUCCUAAAAACAAUUGUAAUUCACAUAGCUAGAUAGUUUGUUUAAUUGCUAUCGCAUUCUUUCCUUUUGUAGUGCUACAAUGGCACACUUUCAAUACAAUUAAUAUCGUAAUGGCAACGUUUUAGAGGAAGAAAUCGUUCACUUUCUAACACUGGGUGUUUUUUAUACAAUCGAUGAGUUCACAGAUUUAUCUUAAUAUCGCGAAGAAAGUUUUAUCAUAUAUAAGAAAAUUAUAAAAAAGGAGUCAAAUAAAAUACAAAAACUAAAGGAAAACUGUCAACACGUCGCUGUUAGAAAUAAUUCAACGCAUUGCCCGUCAUAAUGGCCAACCCAAAAUUCGAAAAUUUGCCAGGCAUUACUUAUGACCAACCUGAUGUUUACGAGACACCUGAUAACCCAGAACCAGAGACUUCAGAUUAUUAUGAAGAGGAGCCCGAAAACGAGGCCAUUGAACGUUUGCAUAUAUCUACGCAAAACUCUUAUCAACGCUUCCGUCAUGCUCGUCUGGAAGGUCCAGUGGAUUUUUCCGAACGUAUUAACAAACGAGGUUGUCGUGGUUACGGUGCUGCUUGGGGAGAAUUGGAAAUAGCUGGUGUGGGGGAAAAAGAAACACCAGUACAAAAGUGCCGCCGACUACAGUGGGAAAUGAAUGAGUUAAUGGAUGAGGUGUCUGCUUUACAAAAUGACCGCAAGUUAAAGGAAGAAGAAAAGGUAUCAUACAACGCGGUUGCUAGCGUAAUAGCUACCGCCAAAAAGGUUCUAGAUUCUUUGCGUCUGGAGCAAGUGCUGGGUAAAGAGCAAACUCCCGAUAUGGCUGAUAAGGAAGUUAAAGCUCUAAUCAAUCAAGUAGAUGAAUACAAGAAAUCUGGUAUUUUAACAGCCAUAGAACCUUCUGGUAACGAUUUAGCGGCAACAGCACGUGUCGCAAAAUUAGAACAUCGUUUGCAUCAAUUAGAACAAGCUGUUGGUGCCCAACCGGAAAAGCUUAGCCGUCUAGCUUCACUUACCCAACAUACAAAUAUUGUGGACGCAGUGCGACAACUUAGCACCAAGUCGGCUAUGCUGCAAGCAGAGAAGGUAGAAUCGAUAGAAUCACGUUUAGGAUCAUUAAUCGCCAAAAUGGAUGCAAUUGCGGAGAAGUCUAGCGGUUCUUCGGAGGAUGCUAAACGUGAUCAGAAAAUUAUUGAACUGUACAAUAUUGCUAAAAGAACUGAACCGGUAGCCGAUGUAUUGUCAGAUAUUAUUGAAAGGAUGCAGGCUCUAGAAGCCUUACAUAAAUAUGCUAUGAAUUUUGCUAAAAUCAUCUUUGAAAUUGAGGAGAAACAAACAACUAUUAGUACUACUUUGGUUAAUAACAGAGAAUUGUUACAUUCCGUGCAAGAGACAUUUGCAGAAAAUCUGAAUACCAUCAAUAAAGAGAUGGCCAAAGUAGAGGAACGCGUGAAUGCUUUGGCUAAUAAAGUUUAGAGUAUAUAUAGAACAAAUCUACAUCUCUGCAAAUUUAAGUAUUUUGAUUUAAAUGACACUACAACUAAUUUAAGAUAUUAAUAAAAAAGCAAGUGCUUAAGAUGCAAAAAAGAACUCCAU